GGCCGCCCCUUGUGCUUCCUGCCUUGCUGAGGGAGGGGACGGUGCUGACGGCUGGGAGGACGCGAGGAGCGAAAAGAAAGCCUUAGGAAAGUCACAAAAGAGCGGGGGGAAACGGCCCGGGUGUCCACCGUCCGUCGGGAGAUUAAAAAAAACAACAACCCCAAGUUCCCGCAGCAGCCGAAAUUGUCACCGAAGAGGCGCCGAAGAAAAAAUGUCGACUAGUCGUCAGCUAAGCGAGAGCAGGGCCAUCCCGACCAGGACGGUGUUGAUCAACGAUUCAACGCAGCUACCUCAUGACUACUGUACCACCCCUGGAGGCACUUUAUUCUCUACCACUCCUGGAGGAACGCGGAUCAUCUACGACCGAAAGUUCUUGCUGGACAUGCGCAACUCGCCCAUAGCCCAAACCCCGCCGGUCCACCUGCCUGUCAUCCCCGGAGUGACCAGCCAAAACACGCUCAACGAGAACCGGAAGAACGAAGCCAACAACCACGUCAACAACCACGACGGGAAGCCUGCCACCGGUGAAGACGCUCAGUUUGAAAUGGACAUCUAACAGACUGCUCCUGCACUGGCAAGAAAAACAACAACAAAAACCACGAGAAAAAAACAAAGUAAAUGACCUGGCAUGUGUGCCAGUGGCUUGGCUUAUUAGAAAACCAAUGUUGUUGAGCCCUCAUGGCAGCCAUUUUUUUCGCUCUCCGCCUCCUUGCAGUUGGAUGUGAAUGUGUCUUUUACGGGGAUUCAGCGCGUACUGGUACUGGAAACUGGGUUUCUUUGAAUCGAUAUCCAUCGCUGCUAUACUAUUCAAGCACCACACAACAAUGGAGCUUAUCGUGCACACGUUACUGGCAGUGGAUCUUUAGCAGAGCACUCCCUCAAACCAAUACUCUUGGUCGUUUUUUUUAAAUUUUAUUUUGGCCUUUAAAUUCGGAUUUUUGUUGUUGCAAAGCAUAUAAUUUAUUUUCGUCCCCCUUUUUGUGGAUAUUGAAAGUACUUGAAAAGCUCCACAAUGGUUUUAAGGAUGCGUAUUUUCCUAUUUGUCAGCACUUUCAUGCCAUUCCACUAUUUAUUAACGCAAACCCUUUGCCAUUUAUUAUGACAGAUUCUGUGUUUAUUCUGACGAGUUUGUCCACUGUUAUUGAAGGCAGCGAGCUAAAUUGUCCCUAAAUCAGGAGUCUGCAAGGAGUCCGUUCGUAGCUUGUAAAUGACAUAAAAUUAAACACAGUCUGCACUGGCCUAUUGCAAAGAAAAAAUGUCAGACGACCUGUACAACUGACAGAAUAGGCUUUCCUUCAAUGCAGGACAUCACACAAUGGUGGUGUGUAUUUCUCAUAUUUGAAUAAUAUCCAUAAUAGGGUAAAAAAAAAGAAGAGCGAUUUUUUUAAGAGGGUCCUUUUGUUGCUUAUACCACAAAGCUGAGAUUUUUCUUCCAAUAUACAGUACAAGCCAAAAGUUUGGACACCUCCUCAUUCAAUUUUCUUUAUUUUCAUGACUAUUUACAUUGUAGACUGUCACUGAAGGCAUCAAAACUAUGAAUGAACACAUGUGGAGUUAUGUACUUAACAAAAAAAGGGGAUACAACUGAAAACAUGUUUUCUAUUUGAGUUUCUUCAAAAUAGCCACCCUUUGCCAUGAUGACUGUUUUGGCAUUAUCUCAAUGAGCUUGAAGAGGUAGUCACCUGAAAGGGUUUUCACUUUCACAGAUGUCAUAGUUUUGAUGCUUUCAGUGACAAUCUACAAUGUAAAUCAGGCCUGGGCAAUUAUUUGACUCGGUGGGGCCAAAUUUAGAUUAAAAAAAGUGUGUCUAUUUUUAGGACCACUAAUACCAAACCUCACAAUAAUGAUUGAAAGCUAAAAACGUUAUGACAGACCGCCUUAAAAAACGGAAUGGAAUUUGACAUUUUUUUUUACUGAAUGAGACACCCAGAAUGUACAUGAAAAUAAAGAAUGUGGGAUGUACAAUAUUAACUAUGAAGGAUAAAACACUGAAUAUUGACAACAUAUUUUACAAUCAACCGAAGCACAACCAAAAUGCUAAAAACAUAGUGAAAUAUGAACGCGAAGGGUAAAAAAUACCCCACCUACAAUCUGAGAUAUCUCAUAGUGACCAAAGUAACUAAUUAGAUGACCAUAGUAACUAUUUAGAUGACCAUAGUAACUACUAUAUCAUGCAGAUUCCAAGCAUUGAAAGACUUCGUAUAGUUGAAGACUUACGGUGAUUAGAAAACAUCACUGCACAUCAUAAUGGCAGCUACACUUUCCAUCUUAAACAUCUAAAACAAUUAUUUAGGAAUGUCCGGCGGGCCAGAUUGUAAAACUCAACGGGCCUUAAUUUGCCCAUGUCUGAUGUAAAUAGUCAUGAAAGUGAAGAAAACGCAUUGAAAUGAGAAGGUGUGUCCAAACUUUUGGCUUGUGCUGUAUUUAACUGCUUAACCCAUAUUAAACAAACACUAGAUUGAUUUUUGAUCUAUUGAAAUGCACCAUUAAAUUUAAUCAAUGUGGCCCUUAGGGGAAGAAAAAAUUGGAUCCCCCUGCCUUAAAUGGUGGGAAUUAUAAUAAUCCCCUGCCAGGAUAAAUUCAUAUCUCAGCUUCCUCCAGAUUUAUUUUGAAAGUUUUGGUGCAUUUAAAAGAUGAGCAAAAUGAGGAAGCUUACCUAAGAAAUAAUGAAAGAUGGUCACUUUUUUAGGCGAAAUAACUGUCUAAGACAUAAUUUCCACAAACAAAUAAUUACGUAAGAAAGACAAUAAACACAUUAACAUGCAAUUUUUGCCAUUCCCAACUUUACUUGAAUAUUUAGACGUGUGAAAAGACAGCCCAUUGUUCAUUUUGGGCAAAGGUUUGUCUUUGGAAGACUUGAAAUGAUCUAGAAAUGUUGUAUGCGUUUGAUUUUCUUGAAUUUAAAAAAAAAAUGCAGCUCACUGUAACGAGGGUCUUGUUUGGCUAUAGAAGUGAUUUGCAUCUGCAAAUCUGUCCCCAGUGUCCUUAAUUCUUUCUACUGUAACGGCCGUAUUUUAUUUGACAUUUUUAACGUGUCACGUAAGUGUGCCCACGCCUUACUUAAAUGCAAUGCAGUACAUUAAAACCUACAGGCCAUUGAUUUGUACUACUGCAAACAGAUGUUUAUUUUUUCACUGUAAACGUUGGACAUUGUAUUCAGCAACUGAGCAAAAAAAAAACAGGAUUACUUUUUUUUUUUUUUUUUUUUUUUCCUUAAGCGGGUGUGGAGUUUGAAAGAACAGUGUCACGGAUGAGCAACUCACAUAAAUUGAGUGAUUGUUUUAUUUAUUUACAACAAUUCACCCCCAUUUUAAAUGUAUCUUUUUUUUGUGUACUGUCCUAAAAUUCUGUAGUGAAAAUUUAUUUUAAGUCAGUUUGGUUGGACAAUGAGGGCUUAACAUUGUGCGAUAAAUAAAUAUAUAAAAAACACGAUUUGGAACAUGCUUAUUGUAACUUUCUGUUCUGAUUAAACUUUCUUUUUCAUGAAACACCCCGAAAAAAAAAUGCCAGUGGACGCUGUUGCGACAAGAUCAAUAAAGUUCUGUAACAAAAAAAAAAAACAUGAUUGUG